AUGCCUCCCAUCGUCAUCCUAGACUCUGAUGAUGAUGAGGAUCACGGGUAUUCUCCGCCACGAAGCCCAAGGGGGCCAAUCUCGCCUGCUGGAGCUGAGGCUACAACGAGUCAUUCUUCAGGGCGUGUAAGCCGCGCGACAACAUCAACAGAUCCGUCCUUCUUCCGGAAUAUUUACGACGAGCAGAAUGAUGCCGCUCGAACUUAUGUUCCAGAAGGGACGACCCGAUCUUAUGACCAGGAUCAACUCUCAAGCUCAGAAAUGACAGCACCAGCACCCUUCAAGCGUACCAUAACAGGACUGGUUGAGCCAUCGUCGCUCGUCUCUGCCACAGACCGUACAGCCACAAAAGGGCAAAAAGCACCAUAUGGAAACACCCCGGAUGAAUGGACACAGGCGUCAACGCCAGGGAGGAAGAAGGCACCCACGGCUGUUAUGGAUGAUCCCUGGGAUGUCCCAAGCUCCCCUGAAGUUGGACAGAGCCGCCCGAAAACGAAGAUCCGCAUUAAGCGCCGAGAGCCCCAGCAGACCCUGGGUUCAACUUCAAAAACCACAUGGGACUUGCUAAACACAAAGUCUGGGAGGAAUCCAGAUCCAGUCCAUGACGGGCUAGAGAUCUCGCCAACAGGGAGGAGAAAGCGAAGGAAGGUGGAAUAUCCAGAAGCAUCUCUUCAAGGAUCCAAUGAAGUCGAUCUAGUCACCAUCCCCUUCAGCAACGACAAUGAAGGACGAGAAUCACAGCCAGAGCCAACGCCCAGCAUGCUUCCGCCCACGCUACCGGUCAUGGACGAUGCUUCCUUCUACAUCGCCCCAAAGCCCUUGACUGAAACUCGAAAGAUGGAGUACGAGAGUGUGCAUAUGCCAUCUAGCGACAGCCUAAACCAGCCAUUACCCCCGAUUUAUCAGUUCAAUAUCCAGAACAUAGGUUCAAGCGACGAGGCAACCAACGUCAACACCCCUCGGAGCAACGGAACUUGCCUGAUGAGCACUGCUCCAAUGCCCAGCACGGCCCCCAUGCCCUCGAGUAUGAUGGACCCGCUGAGGAUGGCGACUGGGCAGUCUGUUGGACUGAGAUGGGAUUCGUCACCCGAUGUCAUUGCUGGGGGCGAGUCACCGCCGAGGGAAAAACAGCCGAGACAGCGAGAGCGUCAGAGACGUGAGAGUCCGGUUGGGCCAGUGGUUUAUGAGGUGCCAGAGCCGAUCAGGGUCGACCAACCAGAAUUACCAGCUGUGGAGGAGACGGGGCCAGUUCACAACGAGCCGCAACACCUGGAACCUCCAGCAGAGCCCCUGGUAGAACCUCCGACAGAGCCUCCUGCAGAGAUUCCCACGGAACCAGUCACGAAACCACCCGCCAAAGCAAAGAAGCCGAGAGGGCGACCAAAGAAAAAGGCAGCAGCAGAAGAAGUGACACCGGCGGAUCAACCAGAAGGGACACCCGUCACGAAGCCAAAGAAGAAAAGAGGCAGGCCACGGAAGGCAGAUCAACCUACAACAGAAACAAAGGAACCGAGUCCACAAGUCGAGCAGCCGUCAAUUAAUGAUGCAGUUCCUUCCACCAAGGUCACUAAGCGAUCUGCGGCGAAGUUUGAAGCACAUCAUCAAGUCGAGGAGGUCAAGGUCGACGAUGAGCAGGAAGAGGAGAGCAAAGAGGCCAUGGAUAGCCGAGAAGACAAGUCUGUGUUGCAGGAAUCCAGACCAACCUCCAUGAACAAGGUCGAUCCCAGCGAGGACGAGAUUUCUAAGCCUCUAGAAGAUACAACAACACCAAGAAAGGAAGAGAAAGAGGAGAAGCCAGCAGUCGUAAGUAAGACUACGACUCCCUCUCGAGGACUAUCGGCAAUCCUCAACAAGCCAGUCUACCGAGUUGGCCUGAGCAAGAAGUCAAGAAUUGCUCCUCUGCUGAAAUGUCUACGCAAAUGA